CAGUGUCUUGAAGAGCCAAUGAUCUAGAAGCAACACAGCGAUUGGUCGUGGCUGUGUACGACGGAGGGGCUAGUGAAAUUAAGGAGACUGCUAGUGUCCAAAACUUACAAUGAAGACCUUGCUUUGCGAGAGAACUAGAGGGUGACUGGAGCGAGACACACAAUGUCCCAACCGAUUUGGAAGUAACACACGCAUCAGCCUGUAGCCUGCAAUCUUCUUAGUCCUGACUUAAAUAUCAUCUUGCCAUUUAAACUCGUUUCGGGACUUACUCUGGACAUUUGUGCUGUUGAGAAUAGUUUUGAGCACUCGCAUCAUGGAGUACACCUCUUCCCCAAAGCCUCAGCUCUCUUCUAGGGCGAAUGCUUUCUCCAUAGCCGCACUCAUGUCAAGUGGGAAACCGAAGGACAAGGAGUCGGAGGAAAAUACCAUAAAGCCGCUGGAACAAUUCGUGGAGAAGUCGUCGUGCCAUCCAAACCUCGCAGACCUGCCUUCGCUGGACUCCCACGGUGACUUCAGCAGCAGCGGCAGCAGCAGCAGCGGCGGCGGAGCUCCGUUAUGUACCGAGCCGCUCAUCCCUACGAGCCCCUGCGUCCCCAGCGAGGAGAUGGCCAAGAUCUCCUGCAGCCUCGAGACCAAAGAACUGUGGGACAAGUUCCAUGAACUCGGCACGGAAAUGAUUAUCACAAAAUCUGGAAGACGAAUGUUUCCGACAAUUCGUGUAUCAUUUUCCGGAGUGGAUCCGGACGCCAAAUAUAUCGUUCUAAUGGACAUCGUUCCGGUGGACAAUAAGAGAUAUCGAUAUGCCUAUCAUAGAUCCUCGUGGCUUGUGGCGGGAAAGGCAGAUCCACCUUUACCUGCUAGGUUGUACGUGCAUCCAGAUUCGCCAUUUACAGGAGAACAGCUAUUGAAACAAAUGGUUUCUUUCGAAAAAGUGAAGCUUACAAACAACGAACUGGAUCAGCACGGACACAUCAUCCUGAACUCCAUGCACAAGUACCAACCACGAGUUCAUAUAAUCAAGAAGAAAGAUCACACAGCGUCACUUCUUAAUCUAAAGUCUGAGGAGUUUCGUACAUUUGUCUUCACCGAGACAGUUUUCACUGCGGUCACUGCUUACCAGAACCAGCUGAUAACCAAACUGAAGAUUGACAGCAACCCUUUUGCCAAAGGCUUCAGAGACUCCUCCAGACUUACGGAUAUUGAGAGUAGGGAAAGUGUUGAGAGCUUGAUCCACAAGCACUCUUACGCCCGGUCGCCCAUUCGGACUUAUGCUGGUGAUGAGGAAACCUUGGGUGAAGAUGGGCACUUGGCACACAGUAGAGGUUCAGCAUUCACCGCAUCGGAUAACCUCUCCCUCAGCUCCUGGGUCACCACCACGUCUGGCUUCUCUGGCUUUCAGCACCCUCAGUCUCUGUCUGCCAUCGGAACCAGCACAGCGUCCCUGGCCAGUCCUCUUCCUCACCCCAUCCAGGGCUCUCUACCCCCUUACAGUCGACUGGGCAUGCCUCUCACCCCGUCCGCUCUGGCCGGCUCCAUGCAGGCCAGCGGGCCGACCUUUCCCUCCUUCCACAUGCCACGCUACCACCACUAUUUCCAGCAGGGGCCCUACGCCGCCAUCCAGGGACUGCGCCAUUCUUCCACAGUCAUGACCCCGUUCGUAUGAUUCCUGCCACUUCAGCCUGAUAAGAUUUCCCAAUCACCGGCAUGCGAAGACAUACGCCACCCAUACACACAUGCUUACACGAAAGGAAGAAUCACAUGUAAAUAAUAUUGACUCACACGGCAUUGACUAACGACCCGGACGUGCUGAGAACGAAAAGCCCAAUGGACAGGAAUUCUUGUAAAACAUAACUUUAAGCAUGAGUUUUUAGUGUUAAUAAGAGCCUCAGAGAUCCGUCUUCAUCUGCAGAUGUGUUAAUGCUACAAUUUAAAGGGAUAGUUCACCCAAAAAUGAAAAUUCUGUCAUCAUUUAAUCACCCUCAUGUCGUUCCAAACCUGUAUGACUUUCUUCCUUCCAAAGAACAUAAAAGAAGAUAUUUUGAAGAAUACUGAUAACCAAACCAUUUCGAUUCCCAUUGACUUCCUUUGUAUUUCUGGUCCGUAUAAUGAAAAUCAGUGGGAACUGAAAGUGGUACAAACGUUUAUUUUUUUUUUUGUGUUCUGGAAGUCAGUGGGAACCAACUUUCUUCAAUAUAUAUAUAUAUAUAUAUAUAUAUAUAUAUAUAUAUAUAUAUAUAUAUAUAUAUAUAUAUAUUUUUUUUUUUUUUGCUUUCCACAAAAGGACAGAUAUUCAUACAGGUUUGAUAGUGUUUGUAUAUGAUGACAGAAUGUAAUUUUUAGGAAAACUGUUUCUUUAAAGAUUCAUUCAUUCCUUUAUCGACACCCAGAGCCAGAUGAGGGAGAACAUAACUCACUGAACAUAACACUGGACUACUGCUGUUUCUCAUUCCCCGUGAUCCAUCACCUCUAAAUGAUAUGAUAUGAUAUGCUCUCUGUGGAGCUGCCAACCCUCCAGUCAGCCCUCCUGUUCAAAGUGUGGACACUA